AGGGGAAGUGCUGGUGGGCCUUUCCUGCUCUCCUGCCACAGCAAUGUUUAGCAAAUAAAGUUCAGUCACAGUUACUUCACUGUUUCAGGAUCCGCAGCUCAGUGGCCAGUGGAGCAAAUCAUACAAAUGCAGGAGGAACAGAAGAAAACUCCGCUUCGCAGUGAUAUGAUAUUGGAAAUGGAAGAAAUGUUUUCAGUGCUUUCGUGGCUAUCUCAGGAUAUUCAGCCUUGACUUUGAUCCAGAAUGCUGGCAGAGAUGUUAUGUCAAACAUACUUUUCAGCCCGUCGUCAUUUGCAAGCUCGAGGAGUUGAUCUUCCCACGCUGACAUGGAUGACGUAGUUGGUGGUCCCAUUCACUGUUCCUACAAAGACCUGCUGGCAGAAAACUGAAGGGUCAUAUGGAUCCAACCUUUCUUUGAUUAGAACUUCAUCUCAGGAGUGUAUGUAAGCCAUGCACUAAAGAAAAGUCUUCAACAAGCAAGUUGAAAUAACAGAACUUUAGACCUACUUAUCUCUCAUACUCUACGGGAACAGCUGGAAAGAAUGGAAAACGACGAGCAAUUGACCAAAAGGGAUCUUCAUUUAGAAUCUCAAAUACGGAUUGAACGGACAGUAAAAGGAAAAUCUGACAUAAAGAAAACAACUGUGAAGAAGUUGCAAGAAAGUUGCUCAUGUUCAUUGGAUAAACUUAAAAACCUAAUAACUGGUUUCUUCCCUGUUCUCUACUGGCUCCCAAGAUAUAAGCUAAAAGAAUGGAUUUUAGGUGAUACCAUUUCUGGUAUCCUUGUUGCUGUUGUCAUAGUUCCUCAAGCAAUAGCAUAUGCAUUGCUUGCUGGCUUAGAAACCAGCGCCAGUUUGUAUACAUCUUUUUUCUCCUGCAUUAUUUACUUCUUGAUGGGUACCUCACGCCAUAUUUCAGUAGGCAUUUUCAGCUUAAUAUGCCUUAUAGUGGGGCAGGUGGUGGAUCGGGAGCUUCUUUUGGCUGGAUUUGAAGUUGAUGAGGACAGCAAAGUGAUGCCAUCAGGAAUGAGCAAUGUAAACAACUGGAACAUCACUACUGACAAUGCAUCCAUGAUAAUGAAUGUCACCCUACCUGGACUGCUGAAUUUUGAAUGCGAUAAAAAAUGUUAUGCUGUCAGUGUUUCAGCUGCGCUAACAUUUAUGUGUGGCAUUUAUCAGCUACUGAUGGCAGUUUUCCACCUUGGAUUUGUAUCCAAGUAUCUAUCUGAGCCCUUGCUUGAUGGAUUUGCAACUGGAGCCUCAAUUACCAUCAUAACAAUGCAAGUCAAGUACCUCAUUGGAGUGAAACUACCACGGAGCCAUGGACCUGGUAGCGUUGUUGUAACUUGGAUGAACAUUUUUAAGAACAUUCAUAAAACCAAUUUCUGUGAUUUGAUAACAACCGCUAUUUGCAUGCCUUUGCUGAUUGCUUCCAAAGAAUUAGGGGAAAGAUACAAGGACAAGCUUAAGUUUCCCUUCCCAAUGGAACUGACAAUUGUAGUUGUAGCUACACUGAUAUCUCAUUUUGUAAAUCUAAAUGAACUGUAUGGCUCAAGUAUUACUGGUCCAAUCCCCACUGGUUUCUUACCUCCUAAAGUUCCAAGUUUAUAUCUUUUACCAAGAGUUGCUAUUGACGCUAUAACACUUGCAAUCAUCAGCUUUGCCUUCACAAUCUCACUGUCUGAGUUGUUUGCAAAGAAGCAUGGCUACACAAUUCAUGCCAAUCAAGAGACUUAUGCUCUUGGAUUCUGUAAUGUUAUACAAUCAUUUUUUCAUUCAUACGCUUCCAGUGCAACUUUGGUUAAAACACUUGUUAAAGACUCCAGUGGGUGUCAGACUCAACUGUCUAGUUUUGUCAGUGCUGUGCUGGUAUUAAUGUUACUUCUUUUCUUAGCUCCUGUAUUCUAUUCUUUGCAGAAGUGUGUGCUGGCAAGCAUCAUUAUAGUCAGUCUAAGGGGAGCUCUCAUGAAAUUUCGUGACCUACCAAAGUUAUGGAAAAUGAGCAAAAUCGACACUGUGGUCUGGUGGGUCACUAUGUUAUCUGUAAUUUUAAUAAGCACUGAAAUAGGGCUUGUCACAGGGGUAACAUUUUCAAUUCUGUGUGUCAUUAUUCGCACCCAACUACCCAGGACAGCUUUGUUAGGUCGAAUGCAGGAUUCAACUCUGUAUGAAGAUCAAGCAGAGUAUAAUAAUCUCGCAUCUGUUCCCCAAAUAAAAAUCUUUCGUUUUGAAGCUGCCCUGUACUAUGCCAAUAAAGAUUACUUCUUAGAUAGCCUAAUGAAGAAGGUUGGUCUGAAUCCUGCUUUGGAGAUUGCAAAGCAGAAAAAGGCAGAAAGCAAACGAAAUGAAAAAAAGAAAGGCAAAACAUUCAAUGGUAACAUUAAUCAAGAACAGUCUGUUGUCAUCAAAGAACUGAUUCCUAAAAUCUAUAAUUUUCACACAAUUAUUCUAGAUUGUUCCACCAUACAAUUCUUGGAUACUGUUGGUAUUAAUACAAUGAAGAUGGUUCUGAAGGAUUACAAUGAUAUUGGUAUCAGAAUCCUCCUGGCCAGCUGCAAUCCUUCAGUGAUCGAUUCACUGAGUAGGGGAGAGUACUUUGGAGAAGACUGUAAGGAGAUGGACACUUUGCUUUUCUAUAGUGUGCAUGCGGCUGUUCAGUAUGCUGAAGCCAAAUGCUCUGAGUCAGGUAAUUCCACUCUCUAAGUACAUCCUGUUGCCAAGUAUCGACCAUGCACUAUGGAAACAGCAAAAUGUGUCCAUUUUAAAGGACUUGUUAUUCCAAGCUAUGGAUCAUAGUAAAUUUUAAUCAAUUCUGAUGUUAUAUUCCAUUGGAUAUUGCACAGAAAGUUAAUCUACCACAUUGUGGUCAAAUAGAUUGCAAAAAUCCUUAUUUUGAUUUGACUCUGAUUUAAAUGGGUGAUGAAAUUUUACAACUCAGUUACUAUUCCUCGGUGAACAAGGGAGGAAGUAAGGAUGGGGCAUUUUCGAUGGAAUUAAUCAUUUACACAAAGAUGAAAGUAAUUACUGAAAGAAUAGGCAUGAGUAAAUACAUUCAUAAUGGAAGAAUAAAAUGUUACUUUUUAAACAUAAUUUAUCAGUAGUGAUCACGAGUAAAGACUAUUGCUUCGCCCUAUGUUAAUAGUUCAAUUAGUUUAUGUGAACAGAGCAGAACUACUAAACUGCACACAAUUCUUUCAAAUUCUGUUGAGACUAUGGCUUAAUGUGCCAAGCCAUAUACUACUGUGUUCAAUGGAUAUAAUUACUUUCCAGCUAUAACAGUUUAGAUAGAAAUGUUCUCUCAAUAUCGUACAGAUAGGCACUGCUGACAUUAAUCUGGUAUUGCUAACUUAAAGUUUGCAACACUGAGGGUUUGCUCCUUUUACAGGAGAAAAGUCAUCACUCUGCAAGUCCAUUUGUGUGCCCUCACCACAAUGUCAACAACAAUGUUAUGAUCACAAUUAGGUCCAAGUUAUUUUUCUGCUUUUGUAGUAAAAUUGAUAGUGGUUUGUCACAGUGUUGUCCAUAAAUUUAAUAAGCACUGAAUUAGGUGUUUUUUUGUGAGUAGCAUUUGUGGAUAUGUGUAUCAUUAUUCAGAAUCAAGGAUUAGAAUAGUUUAAUCAGGAUUAGACCUAAAGAAAAGAAAAGAUACCUUUCCCCAAGCUCUUUGAAUCAAAUAUCUUACACUGUGCAUUAUGAAACAAUGGUAUCUGAUAGAUUUAAUGAAAAUAUUUCUGAAAAUAUAUAUAAUUGAGGACAUAUCCCCUAAUGACAAAAUUCUGAGCACAUAAAAAUUAGUUACUUGAACUAAUUUUUGGCACAGGGGCUGCAAUCAGCUUGAAAUAUAAAUAAAUUCAUUCUUAUUAUUUAUAAUUCUGGUGUUUCAUUUGUUUUUAUUCUAUUCUAACAUUGCUUUGUUACUAUACCAUGGACCAUUAAUUUUGCAAGUAGUCUGUGCUUCCAACAUCCUGGUCACCAGUUGUGGACUUCAACUUGAAUUGUGUCCAUAAGUGAGGCUAAUUAGUUGUCUAAAUUAAUAAUAGUUCAACAAACUACAAAACAGAAUAAUUUUAAUUAAAACUCAAAUUGUUUACUUACAGUCCUGCUGUCAUACCAAAGUGGCCUCUGCUUAAGGGUGUCUUUUGGGCAAAAAGGGUUAAUGGGUUCCAGAGUGUAUUAAAUAAUUGAAACAGCACUUAUCCAUAUUAUCAUGAGAUUACAAAUAAGACAUCAAAAUAUUAAUAUCUUGUAAACUGUAUUUAAGUCAUAUCAUUUGCUGUAUGUAUUAAUUCUGUGUACAUUAUAGAAAUUAUUCCAUAUCUGUAUUUGAAACAUACAACUAAUAAAUUAGGAAUUAAAGAAUUGUAUUCACAAAAGCCCAUUUUUGAUUCAAAUAAAACACUGGACAAC